AUGAAAACGCGCAGUUCUGUUCUGGUGGACUAUUCGGACCCGGGAGCUCUCUCGCUGGCCGACAUUCGCGGCGGCGGCGGUGGGCCCGCGGCCGGCGUUGCCGCUUCCGGUUCCGCCUCCGCCUCCGCCGCCGCGUCGAAACCCUCGGGGAAGGAGAAGAAGAAGGCCGAGAAGAAGAAGACGGUGGAGAAGGGAAGGCCGAAGAAGGCUACUCAGGCGGCUGCCGGCUCUUCGGCAACCGCCGCCGCCGCCGCCGCCGCUGCCGCUGGCAAGAAGAGCAAGGCAUCCUCCUCCGCCUCCGGCAAAGCUUCCUCCUCCCCUUCGCCAUCCUCCCGGGCUAAGAAAGCGGACCCGGCGGUGGCGGUGGCGGUGGCGGCGGCGGCGGCGGCAUCGAAGAAGGACGCCAAGAAGAGCGGUAAGGCUGCUGCUGCUACCGCUGACAAGAAGACGAAGAAGCCACCGGCAGCGUCGGCGGCGGGUACGAAGGGCGGCGGCGGCGGCGGCGGCGGCGGUACCAGCCGCGGAAAGGGCGCAAAAGCAGCAGCAGCAACUGCAACAGAGGCGACGACGAGAUCGAGAACCGUGUCCAGCCUGGAAGGUCCGGCGAUGGCAGAACCGCAAGCCUCCUCCUCCUCCUCCUCCUCCUCCUCCUCCUCCUCCCCGGCGGCAACAAAGGGCAAGGGCAAGGGGAAGGUGGCGCAGCAGAGGGGAGCGAGAGCAGCGUCGCCUGCGACAAAGACGGCUGCGGCGGCGGCACGCGGGACAAGCGGCAAGCGAAGGGCUUCUACUACAGCCAGCAGCAGUAAGGUCGCCUCCAGCCCGUCCGGCGACGAAGGCGACGGGCGGGAAGAGGAACAGGAGGAACAGGAUGACGUGCCCACCCCUCCCCAGUACGCCAACAAGGUGGCGCCGGCGCCGGGCGCCAGGGCUAAACGCGGCGCGUCUUCCCCUGCUGCUUCCGGGAAGGCAACUCCCGGGGAGACACCGUCCUCGAAGAGGAGACGGCAGACGAAAACCCCGUCGACCCCAGCCAGCGCUGUCGCGGCAGUGCGCCCCUCGCGCGCACGCAGCACCCCUGCGACCGCUACCUCUGCUGAUGUGUCCCCGGUUACCCCACACGCCACCGAGGCCCAAGAAACCUUCCUCUCCGAGCUGGAAGGCUUGCUCGGCGCCGCGGGGGCAACAACAGCAGCAACAGCCGGCGGCGGCGGCGGCGUUGGAGGGGGUUCCGCAGAUGGAGGCGGGGCGGCGGCGGGGGCGGGGGUGGGGAGCGAGGCGGAGUACUGGAAGGGCAUGUACGACGAGCUGGCGAGCUUGAGGCACACCAUGCCCGAGGAGCAGCUGGCCCUGUUCAAGGAGCACGCGGCGGAGCGGGAUCGCACGUCCGCCAGCUAUAUCGAGCAGCUCAGGAAAAAAAAUGGGGGGGCAGCGGAAAAACCUUCCCCCUCGGCGGCACCCGGGGCGGCAGCGGGAGCGGAGCCGGGAGCAGCGCCCGCGGCUGCGCCGGCGACUGUGGGAGCACCCUCGGCAGGGGUGGAGGAAGGGGAGUAUUGCUCUUUCUCCGAGUCGUACGUCCGCGGCCUGGAGGAGAAGCAGGUGUACCACCGCAAGAUCAUCCGGCUGUACCAGAACCUGAGCUCCCUCGCUAUCCACCCCAAGGAGAAAAAAAAAGGAUCGGGCGAUGCCGGAGGAGACGCGGGGAAGAGGGACCUGGACGUGAUUACGUGCACGGCCGUGAACCACGUCCACCGCCGUGCCGUGAGGUUUGACCUCAAGAUACCCCACGAGGAAGACGUGGGCGACUUCGCCUACCGCGCCACGGGGAACACCCACCUCUUGCCGGAGUACAUGCAGCACCCUCUGCUGUUUACCAAGAACCAAUGCCCGCUCUUCCUCACCAAGCUCCUCCAAAACCUGUUCCGAGCCUAG